CGUCUGCUGUUGGACGGACGGUGGUUCGAAGAUAUGCAUCUCGCGAGACAAGCGUAGUUUGCUGCGUUUCUGCUCUCGUUGUUCAGCAUUGACGUAUCUUAAUCGCAAGUUAAUUGCAGUAAACUAUGACGUCUUUCUACAGAAACGUAUUCUGGUUUGCGAAGGGCAUGAAAGAGUACAGCAGGAGCGGGUUUCGAGCUGCCUGCCGAUCUUUCAACCUCCCCGACUUAGACGUCGAUUGUACCGGUAAAGUUUUCAUGAUUACCGGCGCCACGGGCACGCUUGGAAGGGUUGUUGCUAUCCAACUUGCACAGAGAGGUGGCACAGUGCACCUUGUCUGCAAAGAUGAAGAGAAGGCAGAAGCUUUGAAGACAACAAUCGCUGACAUAACGGAAAAUGGGGAAUCUGCUGUUGUGCACAUCUUGGAUAUGUCUCGUCCCCAGGAUGUCCUCAAUUUUGCCAAGAAAUUUAAUUUAAAAUAUGGAAUCUUGCAUGUAUUGGUUAAUUGCGCUUCGACAAUGACACAGAACCGAGAAAUCGGGGAGGACGGGCUUGAAAAAACCUUCGCCACGAACACACUUGGUGUCCACAUCCUGAUUACCAACCUGAUUCCUAUGUUGAACCGGAGCUGUGAGCCACGUGUGGUGCUGGUCACCUGUGGUACCCUACUGAUGCAGCGGCUGGACCCUGUGGACCUUCAGUUUGAGUGCAUGUUCCCCUUCAAUGGGUUGACAGCCUUCACACAGACCAAGCGGCACCAGGCUGUGUUGGUGGAACACUAUGCCGAGUCUUUCCCAGGCAUCCACUUCUCAGCCAUGCAUCCUGGCUGGCUUGAACCCAAAGUGGUGAAGGACGCUGUUCCAAAACUGCUGAGAAACGUGUCUGUGCGGUGCCGUUCUGUAGAAGAAGCAGCCGACACAAUUUUGUGGCUAGCCAUCUCACAGGCGGCUCUCAAGCACUCAAGUGGCAUGUUCUUUCAAGAUAGGAAGACAACUUGCCCACACAUUCCCUUUGGCAAGACGAAGACAAGCCUGGAUGACGAAAAGUUCUUUAUGAGGAACUUGGAGGACUUUGUUAACAAGCUGGCGCUCUCAUAGCCACUAUUCCAUAAGCAGCAGCAAAAAGCGAUACGCCUCUGAGCGCUUUGGCAGCUUUGAUGCCAGUCUUACUUAGCCACACUAUCAUGUACUCAAGGAUGCCUCUGGCUAGAGUCUGUUGCAGAAUGCUUCUACAUAUGUGCAGUUUUCAUGUCCCAAAAGUCCAUGUACCUGGUGUAAUGUGUUGAAAUUUUUAUGCAUUUUGUGCAAGUUUUCAUUGCUUUCAGAGCUGCUUGUCCAUGCAAUUUCCCUGAUCGUUGUCUGUAUUCAAGAGGUAAAACUACAUAUGUAAUCCAAGAAAAAAACAUUUUAUAAUUCCUCAUGGAAGCAGUCAAAGUGAUAGCAAAUAUGCCAGUGUUUCCACCUGUUGUACACUUGUAUGCAAAAAAUAUUUUGUUUAUAUAAUUUCAUAUACUUUUUUCCCCUCUAUGCAGUUCUGCUAAAAAUGAGCUGCUGUGUUCAUAUUAUUCUAUAAAAGUAUUGUACUCAGAACUGUUCAGUGAGUAUAUCAAGAUGCUACGUGAGCAGCUACUUUAAUCACAGCUGUGUUCAAUAUCUUUCUUUAAAACAGCAAAUUAUUUGAAUGCUCAGAGUAUUUAUAGACGUAUUUAUGUACUGGUGACAAAGCCCACUAUUUGUGAUGUUACGUUUGCAUAGGCUACAGUUUGAAUGUGUCGAAGUCAGUGGGUGCAUGUUGAUGCCCACAAAUGAGCUGCUGCUAUGUGUAUGAUUUUCUCUCUUAAACUCUGGUCACAACAAUAUUUCUUUUUCUAGAAAAAAAAUGCAUUGUUACCACUGGACUCUGCAGUCCUUACGAACUGCAAUGAAGACGUGGAAUUUCUGUGUAAACCUGAGCUGUAUGACAAUGCACAAAUGAGAUUCCUUGUUGCAACAUGUGACAUAUUUUUGUACGACACUGGUUUCCCGCAGCUUGCUUCCAGUCAAUGAUGCCAGUGUGAACUCUUUCGUAGUCAUCACAACUAUAGAAAGACGAUGAAACAAUGAGCCAACUUAAUCUGGCUCUGGCAAACUGGCAGCACUUAGUAUGCAAGAUGCAACCAGUGUUGAAAGUGUGAGUAAAUGGUUGUCUGAAAUGCCUUUUGUACUUGAUGAAGUUUGUAUUUAGUAGUGAAUAAAAUAAAGUGAUACGAAUGUUA